AUGACCAGCCAGCUCGUGCCCGUACCUGUGCAGAAUGUCAAUGUCAGUUCGCCGUUCUGGUCCUGGUAUCAACAAUGCUCCCGGGAGAAGGUGAUUCCCGCCAUCAUCCACGCUCAAAAAUCAACCGGACAUUGGUCCUGCCUGACCUGGAAGGCCGGCCACCCCGUCAAACCCCAUCCGUUCUGGGAUAGCGAUAUCUACAAGGUCGUCGAGGCAUCAUGCUAUUUCCUCAUGACGCAACCAGACGAGGCCAUGAUGGAAACGGUCGAAGAGGCCGUCGACAUGAUCAUAGCCGCGCAGCAUCCGGACGGCUACAUCAACUCGUACUACACCGUCCGCGGCCUCGACCAACGGUGGACCAACGUCCGGGACAUGCACGAGCUGUACUGCCUCGGACACCUUAUCGAAGCGUGCGUCGCCUACGAGACGCUGACGCACAACGGGCGACUCCUUACGCCCGUGAUGAAGGCCAUCCGCCAUGUCGACGGCGUAUUCGGCGUCGAGCCGGGCAAGAAACGAGGAUACCCCGGCCACCAAGAGAUCGAAAUCGGCCUGCUCCGGCUGUACGAGUUGACCGGGCGCCGCGACGACCUGCUCUUAAAACUGGCAAAGUAUUUCAUCCACGAGCGAGGCCAGCGCGACGAGGCCGGCGAGAUCUAUUUCGACCAUGAGGCCCGAGCCCGCGGAGGCGAUCCGUACGACCACAUGGACCUCGAAAUGCGCGUGUGCUACCAAGUUCCGCGAGACUACGGCUACCACCAAGCGGACUGCCCCAUCGAAGAAGCCACCGAAGCCAAGGGUCACGCCGUGCGAGCCAUGUACUUCUACACCGCCGCGACCGAUCUGUGCCGCUUGACCGGUGAUGCUGAUGCCGACGGCAACAACAACAACAACAACCAGAACCAGAACCAACAAAUAAAAGCCGCCCUCGACCGGCUGUGGAGAGACGUCGUCGGCCACAAGAUCUACAUCACAGGCGGUCUGGGUGCGAUCCGCCAGUGGGAAGGCUUCGGUCCCGCCUAUCUUCUCCACGACACCGAGGAAGGCGGGACAUGCUACGCCGAGACGUGUGCAUCGUUCGCCUUGAUCGUUUGGUGCCGCCAGAUGAACCUGCUCGGAUCAGGUUUGGGCUGCUUGAACUCCGAAUACGCGGAUAUCAUGGAAGUCGCGCUCUACAACGGCUUUCUGGGCGCCGUGGGCCUCGACGGCGCCUCUUUCUACUACGAAAACCCAUUGCGGACGUACACUCACCGCCCGAAACACCGGAGUACCUCGUUCGAAGUGGCGUGUUGCCCGCCCAACACGGCGAAGCUGCUCGGACAGCUAGGCACGCUGAUCUACUCGUUCCAGCCCGGCGUUGUCGUCAUCCAUCUCUUCAUUCAGAGCGAAGUGCGCGUUCCAGACACUGACGACGUGACCGUCUCUAUGACGACUGACAUGCCUUGGUCGGGAGACGUGACUGUCAGUGUAACCGGCACCACUGCUCUUGCGAUACGCAUCCCGAGCUGGGCGGAGGAGUACACCUGCUCAGUCGGUGGCGAUGUCAAGGGCGGAUAUCUCUUCAUUCCCAGCUCGAAGGAUGCGUCGAUCAGCCUGAAAUUCGCAUUGGCGCCGCGCAAGGUGUACGCGAACCCGAAGACGGACAAGGAUGAGGUCUGCGUCAUGAUGGGUCCGCUGGUGUACUGCCUUGAGGACGUUGACAACCCGGGCAUUGACGUCGAUAAUGUGGCCUUUGUGGAUGGGCCGAUUCGCUUAGGCGAGAAAAUGAGGGUAGGGCCACUUGAACGAGUCGUUCCAAUCUUGGCUACCGGGAAAGAGCUGGACACGGGUGGGUGGGAUUCGUUGUAUGGUUCGAAGCCGUGGAAGUACAAGGAAGAGGAACGGCAACUCGUUUUCAUCCCCUACUUUCUGAGGGCAAACAGAGGCGGCAAUGGGGGGAUGAGGGUCUGGACGAAACGUUUACCACAAUCAUAG